AUGACUACUCUUUUUGGUAGUACAACACUUUUUGGUCAGGAAGAGUCAUCUGGUGGUAGUAAGGAUCAGAGUUAUGAUCAUUAUAUUGACAUAACAGCAGGUGGAGCCUUCAACUCUGAUUCUUACUCACCCAAUAAUGCUUUCACAGCUAAUGGGGAAAACAGAUAUCUGACAACUUCUCAUAGGAUUUUAUUGCAGAAAAGCCAAAGUGGUUUUCACAUGCGGUUAAUAGCUAGCUUAAUGCUUGUGCGGUUGUUUGCUUUUUCACUUGGUGAUUUGGAUCAUCUCCAUGGUGUUCUUUGUUUGCUUCGAAACUCACCAAAUCUAGAAGCAUCGCUUAUGAAGCUUAUUCAGACGGAGUCUGAGUUGAUGCAUCAUGGUGUGGAAGCAACUUUAAAUUAUUUGGAAUCACCAGACUGCUUGGACCAAACAUUGAAUCGGUUGCGAACUGUGGAAUUAUCACACUUACAAGGAUCAAAACCAGAAUUGCUUUUUAUAAAGCUUUUACUUGCUCAUUCGCCUUCUCUUGAAAAGUUUACCAUCCAAGCAAAUGGAGCUUUGGAUGGUAAUAAAAGGUUUAAGAUUGCUAAGGAUGUUAUGCGGUUCCCUCGAGCCUCAUCGAAAGCAGAAAUGUUCUACUUGGACCCCAAGUCAUGUAAGAAUGUGUAA